UGUCUGCCUAUAUUUUGUACCUUGUGGUUACUUUGGUAAGUUUCAAGACAGAGAGGAUGAAAUUCAGGAAAAUAAAAGAAUCUUUUAGGCAAUGUUCCAAAGACAUACAUCCAAAGAUUAAAUAGUAGCAUACAAAAAGAAACAAAUAAUAAUAUAAUAUCAUCUGUCCAAGAAAACAUUCAUUCAGUUCAUCACUUUCAACAAUUCAAAGUCCUUAAAAUCUCAAACACCAAAAAGAAAAAGCAUACCCACAAAAAGAACACAACAAAAGAAAAAGGAAACAGCUAAAAGAACACAUAAAAAAAGAAAAAGAAAAAAGAAACCACCUUCUUGUUAAUUCUUCAUUCUGCCUUUUUAUAUUCCGCAAUCUAAGUUUAUAGGUUCAACUAAUUUGGAUUUGCACCGCGCAUGAUUCACCUUAAUGCAUUACAACAAUAACAAUAUUAUUCUCAGUAUGAUCUUAUAAGUGGGGUUUGGGGAGAGUAACAUAUACACAAAUCUUAUCUCUAUCUUGUAACUGUAGAGAGUCUAUUUUCGAUAGACUCUCGGCUUAAGGAAAACAAAAUCCGGACAUUAGUAAAAAGGAAAUACAAUAGUGAAAAAGUCAUUAAAAAAACACUAGCAAUAACAAUAUAAUAAAAAAAUCAAAGGAAAAAAAAUAACGGAUAGCAGUAAAAAUCUAAGAAGAUUUGCACUGCCCAUAGCUCACGAAAGAGAGAACUUUGUUUUGCGUUUUUUUAGCUUUUAGUAAUGGAAUUCGAAACCUCUAAUCAAAACCGAAGAAUACUAUCCAUGUCACAACAUUGUGUGAUGGACCUUAUUAAUUAUACUUAGUUCCCAUUCCUCCAUUUGAUUCUUUCUGCUUCAGUCCUUUUGUCCACACUGUACCAUAAAAUUGCCAUUUCCUUUUUUGCCCUUUCUUUAACAAAAACCCCAACUUGUCACUCUCAAAAUUCCCACUCUCAAACCCCACCAAAAAAGAAAAAAGAACCCCAACAAAACCCAUAAAUUUUCUUGAACUUUUAGCUUCAUAUCAAUGGCAAAACCACCAUUUCAAGUGGUGUUUUUGUUCAUAUAUUUUUCAUUUUGCACCCAAAUAGUUAAAGUAAAAGCAACAUGGUGUGUAACAAGAAGUGAUGCAAGUGAAACAGCUUUACAAAAUGCAUUAGAUUAUGCUUGUAGUUCUGGUGCAGAUUGUGUUACUCUUUUGGAAAAUGGGCUUUGUUUUCUUCCUAAUACAAUUCAAGCGCAUGCUUCUUAUGCAUUUAAUAGUUAUUAUCAGCGCAGAAAUAGAGCCCCUGGUUCUUGUGAAUUUGCUGGCACUGCCACCAUUGCCAAAACUGAUCCAAGUUAUGGAUCUUGUGUUUAUCCAGCAUCUCCAAGCACUGCUGGUGGCUCUACUACUCCGAGCACCCGUGGUGGUGGCACGGAUGGAGGGACGACGACACCAAUCACGACGCCAACUCUUUAUCCGCCACCACCAGGGGCUGCAAAUCCUUUCAAUGGCAAUGGAGGAACAACACCGCGCGUUGGACCUGAUAUUCCUGACUCGGAGGAAUCUAAAGCUUCUCCCAAGUGUUCAAAUUUAGUUCCUGCAUCUUUGAUGCUUCUCUUCAUUCAUAUUUUUCAACCAUUGUAGGCAUUUCUAGUAGAGUAAAGCCACACUUUAUGCUAGUUUUGAAGACUAGGACAAUACAAUUUUGGUUAGAAAAUGGAAGUUUUCAUUUUGUUAUUAUGAAAACUUCAGCCCAUUAGAGUAACAUCUGGUCUUUAUUAAUAUCAAUUGUCUUGGCAUGUCGAUAACAAGGUUGGGUCCUACCCGACAGCGUUGAUCUAGUGGUAUGAGCGCAACAUGUGAUGUGUGAAUUAGGCGUACGUCAUGAGUUUGAACUCUGCGGCAGACAAAAACCUGACCUUUUAAAUGGAGAAUGGUUCAUUAUUCACCCAGUUUCGAAUGUGAGCAACUGGCCUUUGAGAAUUUCUUGGUUAUAAAAAAGACAAGGCUAUGUUCCUUUUGAUGUUA